AUGUCGUCGAUGGGAUACACUAGUCAGAGGCGCAUCAACGACAAUUACGAUGUAGUGGGCUUCAUCAGCAGCGGUACCUAUGGCAGGGUCUACAAAGCCCGCAACAAAUCUGGACGAGGAGCCCAUCCGGUCUUGAGUCGAAACUCUGGAAAUCCCAUCGAAGCAUUCGCCAUCAAAAAGUUCAAGCCAGACAAGGAAGGAGAAUUACAGUACACAGGCAUCUCACAGUCUGCAAUACGAGAAAUGGCUCUUUGCACGGAACUGUCUCAUGAAAACGUCAUUUCGCUUGUCGAGAUCAUUCUGGAGUCGAAAUGCAUAUUCAUGGUCUUCGAGUAUGCUGAGCACGACCUCUUGCAGAUUAUACAUUGGCACACGCAACAUCCUCGAACUCCGAUUCCGGCUCCAACACUACGCUCCAUCAUGUAUCAACUUCUAGAAGGACUACUCUACCUUCACCGUAAUUGGGUUAUGCAUCGUGAUCUAAAGCCCGCGAAUAUCAUGGUCACAUCGGCCGGAGUGGUCAAGAUAGGGGAUUUGGGGCUUGCACGACUUUUCUACAAGCCACUCCAAGCUUUGUUCGGAGGUGACAAGGUCGUUGUCACAAUCUGGUACAGGGCACCUGAACUUCUCCUUGGGAGUCGACAUUACACGCCAGCGAUCGAUACAUGGGCUGUCGGCUGUAUAUUCGCCGAGCUAUUGAGUUUGAGGCCAAUCUUCAAAGGCGAAGAGGCGAAACAAGACUCGAAGAAGACGGUACCAUUCCAGAGAAACCAAAUGGGCAAGAUUGCUGAAGUCCUUGGUAUCCCAAGGAAGGAGAACUGGCCACUACUCCAGGCAAUGCCCGAAUACCCUCAGUUACAAACUCUGGCCGCUGGCAAUCCUGCAGUCCAACGACCGAUAGGUCUGGACAAAUGGUGGGAUAAUCUCACUCGGAACAAUCAAUACUCGGCCGCAAACAUGCCAGCACCACAUCGAGAUGGACUAGCCAUGCUCAAAGCUCUGCUCGAGUAUGAUCCGUUACAUCGACUGAGUGCCGAGCAUGCGCUUCAACAUCCAUACUUCCUCCACGACGAAAGCGAUCUGCCAGCGGCACCUCCCAAAAACUGCUUCGAAGGUGUUGAACACAAGUAUCCUCCUCGGAAAGUCAGCUCUGAGGACAAUGAUAUUCGAACAGGCAGUCUACCGGGAACAAAGAGAAGCGGAUUACCAGACGACUCGUUCCUCCGGCCACCGAAAAGAGUUAAAGAGAUAUGA